CUCUCUUCAAUCUGAUCCCGGUGGGGCUCCGCGUUGUCGCCAUCCAGGGGGCGCGGGCCGGGCGCUACGUGGCCAUGAAUGGGGCCGGGGUGGUCUACGCCUCCGUUCACUUCACAGCCGAGUGCCGCUUCAAGGAGUGCGUCUUUGAGAACUACCACGUGCUCUACGCCUCGGCGCUGUACCGCCAGCGGCGCUCGGGCCGCGCCUGGUAUUUGGGCUUGGAUCGGCACGGCCGCCCCAUGGCCGGGCACCGAGUGCGCAAGGACAAAGCGGCCGCUCACUUCCUGCCCCAGCUGCUGGAGGUUGCGCUGUACCGGGAGCCGUCGCUGCACGAAGUGGAGGAACCCCCUGGGGGGCCCCCCGAGGCCACGUAGCCCACGGUGGUGACCUCUGACCUCUGACCCCCGCUCCCACUGUGACCUCUGACUCCACUCUGUGAACUCUGACCCCACUCGGUGACCUCUGACCCCGCUCUGUGACGUGGGACAGCCCCGAAGUCUGACCCCAGAUGGUGACCUCUAACCCUGCUGUGUGACCUCUGACCUCCACCUGUGACCUCUGACCUCCACCUGUGACCUCUGACCCCAAACGGUGACCUCUGACCCCAACUGUUACCUCUGCACUGUGACCUCCAAUCCUGACCUCUGACCCCAACAGGUGACCUCCGACCCCCGACCUUGUGACCUCUGACCCCAAGCAAGACGCCCCCUGGAUCUGUGACCUCCGACCCCACUGUGACCUCUGACCCCAAACCCUGACCUUGACCUCGGUGACCCCCAACCCCGUUCUCUCACCUCUGACCCAAAACACGACCCCCCAGAACUGUGACCUCUGACCCCACUGUGACCUCUGACCCCGCCCCCCGCCCCCCCUGCACUGACACCCCCCAG